AUUCAUUUUGACGUAUACAAUCAUUAAUUAUGUCUGAUAUAUCCUCAUGCGAGUUUAGAGAAAGAAAUGGCGAUAAGCGGGAGAAUAGCAAAGUGUCCAUGAAGAGUGUGCUGUUACUGUUGUCGAUCAACCUGGUGUACUUCGUUCAAGUCGCCAAUGUCGUUGGGUCUGGUGCCUUGACCAGAGACAUCGCCGCUGUUGUCGGCGGCUCCAGCGAUUCGGUCUGGUACAGUGAAGUCAUCGCAAUAUUGACAGCUCUUCUCGGCAUUCCCGCUAGCCAAGCCGCCGAUCUCUGGGGUCGCAAGACCAUACUCGUUUUCUUAACGAUGCUUGGCUUUAUCGGAUCUCUCAUUAUCGCCAAAGCUUCAUCUUCCGGCACUGUCAUCGCUGGAUUUGCCGUCUCAGGGAUCUCAUUCGGUGCGCAGCCGCUUCUCCACGCCAUUUCCUCCGAGGUUGUCGCUCGCAAAUAUCGUCCUUGGGCACAGGGUAGUAUCAAUGUUGCUGCUUCUCUGGGAGCCAUUGUUGGUCUUCUGAUCGGCGGUGUGUUGACUAGACACGAGCAACAUGGUGGUUUCCGGGCCUACUGGUACAUGGUCGCUGGUAUAUAUGCAGUUGCGGCCAUUGCAUGCCAAUUUCUUUACAACCCGCCCCCCAGAGCUUUGGAAAUCGUUUUCACAGUAUCAGAGAAACUGCGUAACCUAGACUGGAUCGGGUACGGCUUCUUAACGCCUGCCCUUGUACUUUUCUGCAUGUCUCUCGCCUGGAGCGGGAACCCAUAUUCAUGGACUAAUGCCCAUGUACUGGUCACAUUUGUCAUUGGCGUACUUUCGGGAGUAGCCCUAAUCAUCUAUGAGGCAUGGAUCAAAAAGAACGGCAUGUUUCAUCAUCGUCUCUUCCGCGAUCGGAACUUUGCACUCGCUUUGGGUUGCAUCUUUGCCGAGGGCAUGGCAUUCCAUUGCGGCAACAACUAUUUCGCCUUCGAAGUCAGUGCUCUCUUCGGAACCGACAGUCUUGUAAUCGGAGCUCAGUACAGCAUGGCGUUUGUAGCUUUGGGAAUUUCUGCGAUUGUUAGUGGCAUAUGGUGCUCUAUGCGCAAGGCCUUGCGUUUCCCGGUCAUUCUAGCCUUCGGCUUCAAGAUUCUUUUCAUGAUCCUCAUGGCUACUGUGUCCAAAUCCGCACCUCAGGCCCUUAUUUGGAUAUAUCCGAUAUUCCUGGGUCUUGGAUUGGGUGUUUGCAUGCCAGCAUUGAUUACAGUAGCUCAUUUUGCAACGCCUCGAGAGUUGAUCGCCAUUACUUCUGGUCUUAUGAUUUCCAUCAGAAGCUUGGGCGGAUCUAUUGGAUUGGCUGUCUUCAACGCCAUAUUCUCUCAUGGCCUCUCAGCCAACAUGGGGCACAAGAUAGCUCACGCCGUCUUGCCACUCGGUUUCCCCGAAAAGGAGUUGCCUCAACUCAUACCCGCUCUUGCCCAUAAUGAUACAGUGGCGCUAAAGAAUAUUCAUGGCAUUUCUCCAGAGAUAAUCCAUGCUGGAGUUGAUGGUCUUCUGGAAGCUUACCGUGUAAGCUUUCGCGGUGUCUGGUUGACCACCGCGAGUCUAUGUGUCGUUGCUAGCAUCGCCGGUUUCUUUCUCCGCGACCCCACUGAGAAGUUCACUUCCCAGAUCGACGCGCCCAUCACGCCGGAUACAGAGGUUGUGGAGAUCGAGAAGUGGACGAAGGAUCCAGACGACUCUGCUUAGGCGGCUAUACAUUCUGUGAGAUGGACAUUCCAGAGUUUUAAAUUUUAGUACCAUAAUGCAAGACAUUAAUU